GCCGCUUAUAUAGCGAAGAUGGGCUACAGCUACCGACCAUCAUGGAUGCUGCUUCAGAAUCCUCUAUCUCUCUGCCCAUCUUCUUCCACAGCUAGCAACGUCGCUAUAAAAUAGGCAAGGACCCGGAAGCUCCAUGUGAACCCCAUGGAUGCAGCAGAACAGUGAUUGGCAGCGCAGCAACUGUUUCAAGAAAGCCUGGAGGAGGAGAAGAGAGAUGGCGAGGCUCACCGCGAUGCGCCUGGCGGUGGUCGCCCUGGCCUUGUGCUGCUGCCUGAAUCUGAUCCAUGCAGAUGCAGCUGCUGGCACUGCGUUCCCUCCAGGAUCGAAGGUCACGCAGGGACAGGGUACCAGAGCAGCUCCGCCUUCGUGCGGCGCAGACGAUCAGGCCGUCGUGGAGGGAGAAGCGGAGGGGGCCGGCGGCGGCGGCGGCGGCGGCGGCGGGAGGAUGGAUCUGGAGCUGGAGGACUACCCGGGCUCCGACGCCAACGACCGGCACUCGCCGUGAGGCCAGCAGCGGAGGAACUGAUGAGCUGGUCGCGUUCGCGUGCAGAGGAAUGGACCUGAUAGAAUCCAGAGCAUCUUGUUCAGAGUUUCAGAGUUGACUAGUGUAUACGACUACCGUAUCUGUACCGUAAAGCUUUACACGUUAGUCUGUAUAUGUACGUCACACAUCAGGUGUUCAUGAGAGGCUUGUCAACGGGGUCCAGUUGUUUUGAAUUGUAUUUUCUUUCUUCUUCUUAAUACAAAAAAGAUACAUGGUUCUUCUGUA